GUGAAAAAUUCGGCGGCGUCGACAUUUUGAUCAACAACGCUUCGGCGAUCGCGCUGACCCGCACCCUGGAGACGGAGAUGAAGCGCUACGACCUGAUGCACUCCAUCAACACGCGCGGCACCUUUUUGAUGUCCAAGACCGCUUUGCCCUACCUGAAACAAGCGAAAACCCGCACAUCCUCAACAUUUCCCCUCCACUCGUCAUGGAUUCCUCUGCCAUCGGACAGCCGCCAUGGACAUGCCUCAUCCGGCCAGGGCGCGGACGUGUGCCGUCAUCCAGCCAUUAUUGCAGAUGCUGCCUACGCGAUGCUGUCCCGCCGUUCCAAGGAGUACACCGGUCACUUUGCCAUCGACGAAGACGUGCUGAAGGAGGAGGGCAUCACCGAUUUCAACAAGUAUGCCGUCAAGCAGGGCGCUCCACUGAUCGCCGACUACUUCUUGCCGGCCGACCGGUUGAAGCAGUUCCAGCUGACGAUCGACGACACGAAGAGCAAGAAACGAUCGGCGUCCCGUGAAGCGAUCACGAAGGAUGUCGUCAGCCAGGAGAUUGAUAAGGUGCUGAAAGUGGUAGAAAGCGGCGCUGAGCGAGGAGUUGGCAAAGUGAACCGCUCGAUUUCGAUUAACCUGAAGGAGGGGAAUGGAUCGAUUACGGAGGGCAAACCCGAGAAGGCUGACGUCGAAUUCUCGUGCUCGGACGAGGAUUUCCUGCGGCUUUUCAACGGUGAACUCUCGGCCCUGGUCGCGUUUUCGAUGAAGAAACUGCAGAUUAAGGGCAACAUGCAAAAAGCGAUCGCCCUGGAGAGUCUGAUGAAGAAGCUGAAGAAGAAU